AUGCAGGAGAAUAAAAUUCGAGAGAGAAGUAUUUCUCGUUGCUUGGAAGAAGAGAUAAUGGAAAGAAAAGAGAGGUCUAUUCGGGUAUUCAAUGAGUUAACAAAACCUUAUACCUUAUCAGACCAAGUGCAAAAUCGAAGAAGUGGAUAUACUAAAAAUCCUUCUCAAAACAUUCUGCCCUUAGGCAUGGAUCCAAGAACUCAAUUAGAAACCGGUGUAGACACCCAAUUGAAAAAAAGGAUUUUUUUAGACUCAAAGUAG